AUGCCUGUGGAUGACGAGGCGAAGAAUGCUUUGGCAAGUCUGCAGCCGGGUGACUUGGUGCAGCUGGCCAUUGAUAUUCCAAAGGAGACAUUCGUCCUUGCUGGGGUAGAGAACGGGACUGUUCCUAGCUCCGUCGAGUCGCACAUCUCCUCAUCUUCCCCACGUUAUACAUUUUAUCAUUAUCCCGACACUGACGUGGUAAUCUUCGUCUAUACUUGCCCGUCAGGUUCGUCGAUCAAGGAACGUAUGCUAUAUGCUAGUUCCCGGAUGUACGCCCUCCAACUGGCCGAGGACCAAGGCCUGAAGAUUUCUAAGAAGAUCGAAGCAUCUUCGCCAGACGAGAUCACAGGCGACAGGCUGCAGGAGGAAGUGAGCCCGCCACAAAACGACGGACUCAACCGUGGAUUCGCAAGACCGAGAAGACCCGGCAGGUAG